CUCGACUUCCUCCGUCUCCGUACCCACGUGCCCUCUGCCUCCUUUUCCUCACGUAUUUACGUCUGUCUAACAUACCCGUUCGCCCGUAUCAGCAUGUCCGACAAGCCAAGUGUUAUAAUUUUCGGCGGCGUCAAGACGUGCGCUCGAGCCCUUGCCGCUUACCUGGUCCCUCUGGAUGGAGAGCGCCUUGUAUCUAGUUUGCGCAUAAUUGAUAAGUACUCUGUAUCCCCGCCCACGACCUAUAUUGGUUCCGAGUUUCCAAAGGUCCUCGCCAUGCCGAAUGUAGAAUAUAAGCAGGCAAACCUCACCGUUCCGGCUAUCGUUUCCAGUGUUUUUGACCCCCCAGAAGGCCAACCGCCCUACUCUGUUGUAUUUGAUCUGACCGGCGAUGUAGCGCACGACCGUCCUGAGCAGCUCCAGAUUGGCUAUACGUGUAACGUAGCGCGGCUGGUGGGCCUCGAGUCCGCCAGGCGCAAGGUCAAGUCGUACGUGCGUCUGCAGAUGCCGUGGUACGAGUGCUCGGAAAAGGGCACGCACGACGAGAAGGAGGACCCGAAGCCGCUCGGGGUGUUAGGCACCUGGUGGCACGAGACGUUGCGGAUCCUGGGCGCGAUCGAAGGCCUGAACCUCGUCAUCCUGAGGAUCGGUCUCGUCUACGGGCCUUACGUCGACUUUGGCCUGAUGACCAACGUCCUCACCGUCGCCUCCGUUUACGGCUUUAUGAAGAAGCCGAUGAAGUCACUCUGGAGCCCCGGAAAUAACUCCAUGAACACCGUUCACGUGGAUGACGUCUCGGUCGCGCUCUGGACAUGCGCGCAAUGGAUAGGAAAGCUCGGUCGCGCCGAGGCAGACAAGGUCGCCGGCGAGGAAAUCUACUUUCACAACGAGAAGAGCAAGGUGGCCGAGGUUCAGGGCAUGCCGCCCGCAGACGUCAAGGUCGUCGCUCCCCUGUUCAACCUCGUCGACGACAACGAGACGACGCUGCACAAGGCGGGCCAGACAAUGACGAGCUUGUUCGGGACGACGUUUGAAUAUUACAACUUUGUCACGAACACCGUUGCCAGGUUCCGUCUCGAGGAAGUCGUGGAAGAGAUCAACGACACCCACGUCAGCGCGUGGGCGACGAUGUUGACCACUUCGAACCCACCGGUGCCCAACACGCACCUGAGCGCGUACAUGGACACCUUCUCCUUGUCCAAGCACUGCAUGGCCUUCUCCAACACGAAGAUCAAGAAGGUCCUCGGCAUCAAGCUGAAGAGGCCGUACAUGACGCAAGACGUCGGGCGCGAGAUCGUGAACAAGUGGAUAGAUGAGGGAAGCUGGCCCAGGCUCGAUGGCUAAGGAACCUCUAGCGGCGUACGUCCCGCUCCCAAAUGCCGGCAUCGUCGUUGUUCUUGUCUGGUGCAAGCAAGUACGGACGGCACGCGUCUGGUUUCAUUUUUAAUCCCCGCUUCUUUAUCCUUUAAUUCUGUCGUCUGGCUUUCGUGAUCUCUCUUGAACCUUCGUCUCAUCUGACAAGCAACACGUCGAGUCCGCCUCCUCCCCAAUCCCAUUAUGAGUCCAUUACCUCGGAAGAUUCCCUCAUACACAUCACCAUCCGCCUGCCUAUCUCGUUGAGUGCCUUCCAGCCACAACAGCACAACCUCCGCUUCUCCUCUUUUUAUUCUCAGUCGCUUUCGGAGUAUCCUUCACGCCAGGCACGCCUUUCUUUUUUUUUUCAUUCUCGUUCUCGUUCUCCACUAGUAGCACUGCCGUUUCUGCGACGUUUCGUCACCUUACCUACCUUCUUUUUCGGAUACUAUAUGCUGCUCAUUUAAUCCCCCAAUUUACGUACUUAGUCCGCCCACCUCCAUCCGAACGUUUGCGUCUCAAUGUCAUGCCUAUCUGCGAGCCGG